GUUCUUCAAGUGUAGUUCUAUCUGUGUGCACAGGCCGCGUCAUUCUAUUCCCCUGGCGCGUCAUACCGUUCAUGUGGCAGUGAUUGAUAGCUUGUCUAGUCAGCUCACUAAUUUAUCAAAUGUAGAUUUGAUCUGGUUUCAAUAUUAGACAGACGGUGAAAGUGCUUGUGGAUUAUUGUUACACGUUAUCUUCUUCUGUUCACCUCACCUGGUCAACAGGAGAACCAGCUUUACUGUGUGAUGGAUGAAUCAUUCCAUAUGGAAUAAAAUUUGAAAAGGCAAAAUGACAUCAAUAUCGAGCACGUGACCGCCUGACUUGAUUAAUCGCUUCAGCGUCUUGUCAGCUUGACAACGAGACCGCGAAUCAUGAGUCUACGGAAUAAACGUCCCUGGUCGAGUAAUUAACAGAGAUGCGGCCAUUGGGAAGAUGGAUGUUGGGCACAGUGCAUAUGUUGGUGGUGGGCUUGGUGGGGUUUGUAGGGUGGGUGGGGGCACAGGAGGUGGUGUCUUGUCGCUUCAACUCGAUGUGUCUGUGCAAAGCAGUCGCAGAACCCAUCGACAAGGGGGUGCGCUACCCCCACGACAACUCCCCCCAUCACCUGCGUGACGUCAGCUGUUACCAAGUGCCUUUCUCAAAGUUUCCUGAAUUGCCUCACGGGCACAUACCUCACGUGGACGUGAUGGGCUGUGAUCUGGAGGCGGUGGACAACGAGGCACUUGGGGGCACUCAGGUCGACGCUCUCAGGCUCUUCAACAACAAGCUGCUCACUAUUGGAGAGAAAGCUUUCACAACGAUGAACAACGUACUCAGGGCUCUUGAUUUGGGCUCCAAUGAACUUCAAGAGAUUCCGAUUCAAGCUCUACUCUCACUCAAAAAGCUUGAUUGGCUCAAUCUUCAAAGGAAUCACAUUUCGUCGAUACUGGAGAUAGAUUGGGGUCACUUGAAAAACUCGCUGGCCAAUCUGCUUAUAGCCGAGAACGAUAUAGAAGAGCUGCCGUCCGUAGCGUUGACUGAGUUCCGUCAUUUGGCAUUAAUCAGCUUGAACAACAACAAAUUGCGGCUGGUGAAGCCCGGAGCUCUGCCCACCUCGCUCAAAACAUUAGGUCUGUCCCAUAAUUCAUUAAGCAUUUUCCCAGCCGAGGCCAUUGACGAGCUGAAAGACCUGCAGAAAGUGUUUCUGAGAGGCAACUACAUUGAAGCAUUACCGAGCCACUCGUUCACGCGGCUUAGAAAGCUCGACAAACUCGACCUCGGAGAAAACGCUUUAGAAACGAUACCUAGCAGCAUUUUCAACGAAUCGUUAGUUGUAAGAGACUUAAAUUUAGAUUUUAACGCAAUCAAAAACAUAUCAGCAAAUGCCUUUCGCGGUAUGCAUUGCGAGCGAAUACAGUUGUCCAUAAAUAAAAUAAAUCACGUUGAUGAGAAAGCAUUCGCCGGACUAGAAAGCAGUUUGGGUGUUCUCUACAUGGAAAACAACAAUCUCAAAGAGAUCCCCAAGGCUCUAUCACAUCUCAAGCGAUUGAAAUCGUUAUACAUUUCUUCGAACAAAAUUCGAGAGAUCGGAGAAGACGCCUUUGAUGGGUUCUCGUCUGUUUUAAAGGCGAUAUCGUUGGCGGGCAAUCAUCUCCUAGAAAUACCGAAAUUAGCACUGAAGAAUUGUAAGAGGAUAUCGCACUUCAACAUAGGAUACAAUCAGAUCACCGAUGUCACGGAUGCUGACUUUGAAGGAUGGGGCGAGUCUUUGGAGACACUCAUUCUUAGAAACAAUAGAAUCGUGCACCUGCAUCCUCACAUGUUCAAACACACACCAAGACUGAAAGAGCUGAGUCUCUCGUUCAAUAGAAUAAGUGAUGCGCCUCCAGACACCUUUCUUGAUGUGGCCAAUACUCUAGAGCUGGUAGAAAUAAGUUUCGGACUGUAUCAGGAGGAAUUCCCCGAAGACCUACUCAAACCGUUGUCUGCUCUUAUUUGGCUUGACUUGGACAACAACAACAUCAGAGGUAUCUCCAAAACAGCUCUCUACAAUUUUGGCCAGCUGCAGUAUUUCAACAUGGAUAUGAAUAAACUUACUUAUCUACCAGAAGGUUUGUUCCAUGCCAAUGUUCACAGAAAUCUACGAGAUAUACGUUUAUCUUACAAUUACAUCAACUCCAUAGAAAGCGACACAUUCUAUGCACUCGAAAAAGUUCAGACUAUAUCAUUAGCUGGCAACAAUAUUCAAGAAAUAAAAUCGCAGUCAUUCAAAAAUCUUCCAAAUCUAGUUAAAGUGGUGCUUAUUGAUAAUCGGAUACAUACAAUCAGACGGCAUGCUUUUUAUGACCUUCCAAGUUUGGUGCAACUCGACCUACAGGACAAUGACCUUGUUGAGCUGUCACUCAACAUUUUCGAAAAUGUGACAACUUUCAAUUUGCCAAUGUUACUGAACGUAUCUAAGAAUCAAAUUACCGAUCUAUAUCCAAGUGAUACAAACACUCCUAUUUAUGUUAAUACACUAGAUAUAAGCAGAAAUCUGAUUGGUGAAGUGCCGACAACAUUCCUGCAAACAUUCUCCGACUCUAUACGUAUUCUUCAUCUUGGUUACAAUCGCAUAAACCGCCUCGAAACUUCAGCGUUUGGUGAGUUGAGUCUGCUGGAAGUGUUAACAUUGGAGCACAACAGUAUUGUAACUCUCAGAAAACGCGCGUUCUCCGGUCUGCUCAAACUCCAAAUCCUCGAUUUAUCACAUAAUCAUAUAGAACAACUACAAAUGGAACAGUUCAAAACUCUUGAGAAUUUGAGAAUAGUAUCACUAGCUUUCAAUCACAUCAGAUCGCUUCCCAGAGAUGCCUUCCAGAAGACAAGAUUGGAGAAAAUCGAUCUGUCGAACAACGAGUUUGUUGGUAUGCCUAGUAAUUCUCUGGGUGAAGUGGGAUUUACUCUGCGACAUCUCGAUAUAUCCUACAAUCACAUAGAACACCUCGAUAGCACGAUGUUUUCUGAAAUGCCAUUUCUCACCAGCCUCAAUCUCAACCAUAACAAACUCACUAUACUUCCAGACAAUGUGUUUUCCAGACUAUCAGGUCUGUUGAAGUUGAACAUUGCAAGCAAUCCACUCAGAGCCAAUUUCAAAGAGCUGUUCCACUACGUUCAAAAACUUAGGUAUCUCAACUUGGCCGAAACCGGCCUGAGACAGGCUCCGAUCCUUCCUCUUCCCAAUCUCAUUCAAUUGAACUUGUCAUCGAACUUCAUAAGAGAUGUGCCUGCAGCUGCUUUCGAGGGACUUCAAGGACUUCGGCACUUGAUUUUCUCCAGAAACAAACUGCAAAGUGCUCCAUCACAAGCCUGGAUUCACACGCCGCUGUUAAAGAUACUUGACCUGUCCGUCAAUCCUAUCAAGAUGCUGACGAAAGAGAGCUUCAUCGGUCUGGAGCGUCUGCAGGAGCUGUACGUGCACGACCUCCCCCGCUUGGAGCGGUUCGACUCAGACACGAUGUCAGGGAUGCGCCACCUCUUCCACCUCAGCAUCCAGACCUGGCCGUCGAUCGAGCGCUACCGCUUCCGCCUGGGCAGCACACUCUCCACCAUGCCGUCCCUGCGUCACCUCCAGGUCAAGAUCUACGAGACCGUUCUCACCGAUCAGCUGGUCGGCGCCUUCAACCCCAAGCUCACCACCAUCGACAUCUCCGGCUACAACCUGAAGCACAUCGACGGCAAGGCGUUCAUCGGCAUCGAGGAUAACUCAGAGCUGGUGCUGAGGAUCCACGACACGCAGAUCGAGGAGCUGCCGCCCGGCCUCUACACCAAGCUGUCCAAGAUCAUCAACCUGUCGCUCGACCUCAGGAACAACCGGUUCACGUCGCUCUCCUAUACCGCGCUCUACACCAACACCACACGCUGGGAGGAUGUCGGCACCAAGCUCAUCUCAGGAGGUCUAAAGCUGGCCGGCAACCCGUGGGAGUGUGAGUGUGGCCUGGUGUGGGCGGGGCACUGGCUGCGACGCUGGCUGAGGGAGCCCAAGCAGAUCCAGCUGCUAUCAGUGGAGGCGGGGAGGCAACUGGUGGAGGAGGCCAGAGAAGCCACCUGUCGAGAUCCGCGCACGCGGUCCAGUAGACCGCUGCUGCAUCUAACGCCGGAGGACCUGCGAUGUCAGGCGUCCGCUCUGAGCUCUGCGGCCGCCACGGUCUCCUGUACCCUCCUCAGACUCUCCUUGUUCCUUGCGCUUCUUCCGCACGGCUGGUGACCGCCACUUGUUGUCUAGUUCGUGUAACAAACUGUUUGUUCGCCGCACUAGACGCGCUCGUUUACCAGAAGCAGAUUAACCUGAUAUAGACAUCGUUUAACCUGAAACAGAUGUAAAAAACUGGUUGACUCAUAACAUUUUGUGCAUUUUACAUCUGAGAUAGGUUUGUUUUAAUCGCUCCACCAGACUAAAACUCUACAGUUACGAAAAUCACGUGAAAUAAUCUUUCACAUCCGCAAAAAUAUUUGUGUUCAUCGUCCAAUCUCUAAAGAUGAAGAAAUAGACUAAAACAGAAUGAAAUAUAUGACUGAGAAUUCAUCUCCAUUCAUUCUGUGAAUUUCACACCAGAAAAAUGGAUAUUUGUGUACAUUGUCCUACCUGACACAAUUUCCAGUUAUAGAGAACAAAGUGUGAAAUAGAUGUUGAUUCAUCUGUGAAUUGUACAUCUGGAAUGUGGUUUGUGUUCAUCGUCCUACCAGAAACUAACUAAUUCUAGAGAUAAGUUGAAGAUAGCGUGAAUUUUGCAAACAAUUUAUUUCAUAGGUGCACACUAGGUUUAGAAUAUUCAUCGUCCUUCCAAAAAGAUUAGAAACGAAAUGAAUUAUAGUGGCCAUCGAGUGGAUGAGAUAUUGAUAAUUUUUAAAAGAGGGGAAUGUGAGCUGAUGAUAAUCGUUCUCUAAAAACGUAUUAGAUUCAAACGAAUGAUAUUCAUUGCCGUGAAGUUUUUAAGAGGUUUGUGAUUUUUAUAAGAGCUUUAAGAGGACUCAUUCUUGUUCAUCGAGGGUCUGAAUAUAUUUAUACAUCACUGUGUGAGAUGGAACCAAAUAUGGACAGCUGAUAGUUCAAACCAAACUACAUUGUGUUAUUUAGCCUAUUACAGGGACGUUUGCAUAAGUGGAGAUCGAACUAGAUUUGUAAAUAGAUGAAGGACUAUGGCAUUAUUUGGUAAUAUCAAAUGAGAGAUUAAUUUCAAUUUUGAACCAUCAACGUUUCUAAUAUUAUACGAGUUUUGUAGUCUGAACAUACACUAUGCAAACGACCUUUCACCAAUUCUGAAUUGGAUUCAAAUGAUUGUGAUAGUCUAUCUGAAUAUUUGAUUUUAUUAGUGCAAUUUCACGAGAAAAGCGACCCUGUAGAUUAUGUUAUUAUUUGAAAAAAAAGUUUCUUUGAAACGCUAUAUCGGAAAAUAUGGAAUUGGAAUAAUGAUUGACUCAUGUGAUUAUUCAUCUGAAUAUUCAUCAUCAUCAUUCAUUAUCAUUUGAAUAUUCAGAUUAAUCAUCUGAAUAUUCAAGUUUAUUAGUGCGAUCGAUAUCAAUACCUGUAGAUUAUGUUAUUAUUUGAAAAAAAACCUUACUUUGAAACACUACAUUUGAAAAGAUGAAAUUGGAAUAAUGAUUGACUCAUUCAUGUGAUUAUAAAUCGUUUACAGUAAACAGUUUUGAGUAUGACAAAAAUAUCUUCAACAAGGAAACUGUGAAUGCAUUUACUUACUAUAUUUACUGUGAAUAUAUUUACUUACUAUCGAAAAUAUAAUUCUUAUAGAAAAAAUUGAACCCUUCACAGAAAACAUUUUUAUUUAGGUAAUUAUUCGCAGAAUACGGAAUCAGGUGAGGUUCUAUUGAAAUAAGUUAAUCACUGUAACAUUUAUUGAAUGAAGCUACACGGCUCUUUUUAUCGAAGACACUUUUCAAAUGGAACUACAAUUUAUUCCAAAAGAUCAUCAACGAAAUAAUUGUAAAUGAGCACCCUCCUCUGUCCUCUCCAGACUGGAAAAAUCUGAGCUCACACGAACUGAUAUCAAAUCUUGAGAAGAAACUAAAUACCAAUUACAGUAGAGCAAAUUGUAAAUAUACAUACGUGAAAUAAUAAUUAUAUUUCUUGGAAUGAUUGAAAUUCUAGUUUUUUAAAAGCUGUAAAUUGAAAUACCGUAGUCUCAAAUUGAAUUAUAGUAGAUACGUAACUUUUGUACAGUUUCAGUAUUGUAUACUAACUACUAUAUUGUAAUUAUUAUGAUUCAGUUAAGGAAUGUUGUAAACCUGUGUUGCACUUUCCAAGAAAUAAAAUAUGAAAUUUUUAAUAUUGAUUCGAAAUUCAUCACCAUGUUUUCAUUUCAGAAACUUCAAAACUAGAAGUUGAUAAGAUUCCAAUCAUUAAAUUUCAUCAAAACAAUGGGAUAAUGCACUCCUUAGUAAGCAUGUUCAAUAUACGGCUAUUUCUAUUGAUCUAAAAUAACUCUGUUAUCUCAAGAAGAAAAAUAUUUCAAAUUUGUCAAUCAAAAUUCGUCAGGGGAUGUUAUCUUAACACUUUCAAAACAAUUUUGUACACCAAUUCAUUUAUUAUUUGAUGCAUAUUUGUAUAGGUAGUUUUUCAGUUUCUCCUGAAUCAAGAAAUUGAUAUUGUCAUUGUGAGAUUACCUUCUGAAAAUGGAUAAGAAAUUUCAACAAAAAUUGUGCGAAUCUAAAGUUGAAUGAAUUUAUAUUGUACAAGAUUAUUUCUUAACACUCUUCCAUGAUCCAUUCUUCCAUGGAAGGUUUUUUUUCUCGAAUUAUACCCUCUUCACUCAUCGAAUUUUAUUAUCAACAAUGGAACGCUUACCGCUUACCAAUGUAUAAGGCACAUCGACCCUGAGAAAUCAUCUGAGUAGAGUUUACCUACAGAAGAUACCUACAGAAUUGAUACCUACAGAAGUUAAAAAUAUUAUUCUACUGAAAAUCAUGAGCAUAAUUAAGCAUAAUACAGGUUUAUUCAUUUUUCAUUAUCCAGUUUUACCCAUUUCUGUCUGACAGAUAGCUCGGGUAAUAAUUACUCCAGAAACAAUAUAGGCCUAUAUCAUGAUGAUCAGCUCUGAACUUAUCCUAGCAUUCUGACCAAUGAGAAAAAGUUUGUACUUCAGUUUUAUCAGUCUUGAAUAGUACAAUUUAUGUGGAGACAUUUUCUGUUAUAAGACAUUUCUAAUUAAUAGCAUUGAUCAGUGAAUGUUAUUUCCAAAACUUAUACAGCUUAUCCAACAUGUAUUUGUAGUAUGGAACAUAUGAUAAGACUCUACUACUUAAAAUUAAUUUUUCAGAGAAAUUUCAUCAAUAAAACAUUCAUCCUGCACUGAUUCUCACAAGCAUGAUAAAGAAUAAUAUGUGGUCUAUUUUUCUGGCCACAGGAGAAUAUCCACGAACGAUAAAAACGUUUAUUCUAUUUAUUUAAAGUUUGGGGAACAGCAUUCCAGUGCUUGCUUGAAAUUAAAUACAAAUUUUAUAUAAUUCGUACCAAUUCAUCAUAUAUACUACCAUAUAUCAUAGAGAAACAAUAGCAUAAGUAGAUAUCCCAUGGCAUAGGGCGUUUAUGUCGCAACUUUUACUGUUAUCUCAAGCCGAUAG